UGUUUCAAUUGUGCAACGACAAAUACACCUUUAUGGAGAAGAAAUCCAGAAGGAAAGCCCCUUUGUAAUGCAUGCGGCCUUUUCUUUAAACUUCAUGGCAAAGUGCGACCACUGAGUUUGAAGACUGAUGUAAUAAAGAAACGAAACAGA